UCACUUCUCGUCGGUUCAGGCGGGCUGUUUGAGAGCAGAGAGGUCGGACAUGCUAAGCUUUAAGCUUGUGUAACUGAAGUAGCUUUCUGUAUAUAGUCUAAGGUGUUGGUUCGCCAUAAGAGACAUAUUUAACUUUAAUAGUCUUGUCCAGAUCGAAAGUUAAAGCUAGGCUGGCUUCUUCACUCAGCUGGAGGGAGCACUGUUACUGCGGUUAUUGUUAGCUGACCAAAAAGCCUUACAAGCCCCGCAGAGUGCCGAGCUAUGGACCGACCAUCAAGGAAGACAAAAGCAGUGAAUUACUGUGAAAGCAAGGACUUUGACGAUGAUGAGGAUUUUGCCUGUGUGAGGGCACCACCCAGCAAAAAGGUCAGGGAGGAUGGUACACAAGAACAGAAGAAAUCACUGGGCAAGCCCUUGACUCAAGAAACCAACUCACAGUCGUGCCAGAAGAGCAGAAAGCCACUGGAUGAAAAGCUGUGUGAGAGGGAUCUUGAGGCAGCAAUCACGCUUUCCAUGCUCAAUAAUGCAGAUGAAAUAAAGGACCAGUCUCCUGCCAGUAAAGGCGAUGCUAAAUUUCCAGUAGAUGAAAACACAGAUCCAGCCUCGCUGCUCCUGUCUAACUGCAGUGUGGAUGGUGCAGUUAUGGGCUUGGACAAAAUCACAUCAGAGAAAGGGUCACCUGCCCCAUCUAGACAGAGAACAGCUGCCUCCAAAGCUACUGAGGAGCUGAGAAAGAAGGAUGAUGAUGAAGACUAUGAACCUAAACUGACACCAGAUUCAGAAUACGAUGACGAUUUCAGUGAACCAUCCGAGAGCGAAGAUGAGGAGUUCAAAGUAAAGAAAGUCAGCAAGACUAAAAAGAAAGAAAAAGCAACAAAGAGUGAAAAAACCAAACGGACUCCAGCUUCCAAAAAAGAAAAGCAACCAUCAAAACCAUCAAAGUCUAAAUCACAGGGAGCAGUAUCUUCCACCCCGGUGAGAAGUCCUCCAACAACCACACCUACAACCAAAAGACCUGCGUCAUCCUCCACAGUCUGCAUAUCGAAGCCUGCAGCCUCUCUGAGUACAGCAGUAGGCAAAAUGCCCAAGUGGAACCCACCAGGUCAAAUUGGAAAAAGUCCCUCCUCGUCCCAGACUCCAGCAGUGAAGUCUCCAAGUCAGGGUUUGCGACUCGGGCUGUCCCGCCUCGUUCGAGUGAAACCUUUGCACCCGAGUGUUGCAAGCCACUGACUGAACUGACCCCCUGUCAGUGCCACAGUGUGUGUCACAGGUCAGGUUAUGUUGUGUUUUUAAAGUUCUCAGUUGUUAUUAUUAAGCAGAGACUUGUAAAUAUUAAUUUCUGUUAUUCUUGAUUUGUACUACAAUACAAAAUGCACGAUACCAGGAAGCUUAUGGAGAUUAAGGGUGCCUUUUUUUAACUCUGGACAUUAUUUAUGGUUAUGUCCUCAAAGUGUGAGUUUACAUCUGAGUUGUGUAAUUUUUGUGGUCCUAAACUUUGUCAUCUUACUACCAGUCAAAGCACAUUCUUUUCUCUAGUGUGCAAACACUGUAAAUCUUGUAGAUACACUUAAUAAAAAUAAAAAAAAAAAAAAGGUUACAUUUGUAUGCUGUUUCUACACUAGUAAACAUAUUUCUGAAAUUGUGCAUAGAAGCACAUUUAUGGCUAAAUAAAUGAUAAAUGCAGAGCAUUGCCUUUCACAUAGUCCUCUAAUAGUGCCAGGACAUCAAGUAUUCAUCAUUACAUGCUAAUGCCACCAUAUUAUUUAUGAUUACAGUAGUCAGAGUUGCUUAACUUGUGCACCCUGGAAUAUAUUUUGAAAAUGGAUGGAUGUCUGAAUACAGUUUAUUUAUGGUGAACUUGGCCUGCAUUAUGAUUGAAACUUUGCUGUUGUACAAAAUCCAUGUUGUGCGUAUGCUUGGUCGCAGUUGUGCUCACUGCAUCGAUUUUACACAUGAAAAUUAACAUCAGGAUGAUAAUUAGAAGAUAUUAAAGCCUAUUGAAACUCUGUUUUGAAAUUCCUUAAUUCCAUUUGUGGGUAUUUUGUAUCUCUACAACCAAUGAAAAUAAUUUGUUGGUUCACAUAAGAAAAAGAUUUUGGGAGAGCCUAACUAGUCUUUCUUGAAUCCUGAUAUCACCCAGGAUGACCUUGUAGCUUCUAUGUGGUCAUCACAUGUCAGAUAAAUGUGGAGUAGAAGCAUAAAGAUGCAUUAAAAAUACAUUACUGGUUGCUGGAGAGCCCUAAGCUUAAGUUCACACCGAAGCCAAAAGUGGCUAAAACGUGAAUAGCACAAAUCACACGGGAUCUGAUCAAAACAUCCUGAAAUUUGAAUGACGUCUGUUUUAGUGAUGCCAUUUGUUUCAUGAAC